AUGAAAACCACUCCCGAAGCACCGAUUACUGUAAAUGAUUUCAAAGUGACGCCAAAGCGAUCACGAUCUAAUGCCAAGAAAUCGAUGAGCUUUUCAAUCGCUUCCAAUGCCGCUGAGACGAGGAAGCCGGCUCAUGUUGUGAUUCCAAUGGAAAUAAAGGAAACAAAAGGAAUUUUCAUUCCUCGUGAAUCGAUUAGUGGUGCUGAUGAUUAUCCAGUGCUGAGAAAACGAGACGAGGUCGAGAUUCCAAAACAAUCCAAAAUGAUUUCAAACAAUGAGGAAAUUUUUAUUCCACGUGAAUCGAAGAGCAAAUUGCCUCCAUCGUCAGAAAUGAGAAAAAUCAGCGAUGCGGCGGGGGAAAAGGAAGGGGAGAUCAAAAAGUUUCGCGCAAAAACGAUGACAAGAAAUGGAAUUGAAGAAAAGCACGAAGAGAGCACGUGGGUCGACAUGGGAAUGAACGAGGUGAGUCGAAAGGAAAGAAAUAAGGAGGAAGGAGUGAACUCGUUCUCUUCGAUUAUUGCGAAAAGGUGGGACAAGGUCGUCCCGUUGAUGGAAAAUGGGAGAAUUGACAUCAACCACCGCUCAAUCAAUUCACCAACAAUUGCGGUUUUUGAGCCAAUCAAUGCAAAAGCAUUGAUGAUUGUU